CGCAGCUUUCUUUGGCUGCCUCUGUGCCUGCAUCUCCGUGAUAUAAUCCCGCAGAUUCUUUCGACUAUAAUACCGACUUGUUGUGCCUCGCUUCAAAUCAGAUUCUGGUUUCCUACUCGCUCGCUCUGCAUUGCCCACCAGCUUUCAAAAGACCACGUCAAAAGAAGUCGCAGCUCCGGCGUCGUCCAGCCAUUCUCACCGCCAGCACUUCCAUCAAGUCAAAAGCCACUCUUUACAAAUUACAAAUUACAAAUUCCAAAAAAAAUAAAAAAAUUAAAAAAAUGAGGGUCUCUCAGAUCAUUGCCAUCUUCGGCUUCGUCGCCGUCGGCGUCGCCCAGCAACUCCCCCCAUCCCCCACCGCCUCGGUCGGUUGCGAACCUCACGAUGACCACUGGCACUGCGACGGCCCGCGCACCACCUCCGCGUCGGGACAGUCCGUAACCGCCGGCCCCACCGGCGUGACCACUGGACCUCCUGCCGCCAGCACGACCGCCACCUCCAGCCACCACCACGACCACGACGAUGACCACGACGACGACCAUGACCAUGACCAUGACCAUGACGACGACGACGACGACCACAGCAGCGGCACGCGUACGCUCCCGCCGUCGCCCACCGCUUCUGUCGGCUGCCAGCCCCACGGCGACCACUGGCACUGCGACGGCCCCAAGACGGGCAGCGCCGCCGCUGGCGCCACCACCACCGGCGCCACCACCCCGAGGCCUUCUGGUGGUGCUGCCUCUUCCACCCCAGCCCCUGGCGGAGCCGCGCGUGCUGGUUUCGGUGCCGCGGCUAUCGCUGCUGCCGGCGCGGUCCUGAUCCUCUAAAAGCACCUUGGCUCUUGUUGGAUUGCAAUCUUCAUCUUGUCUUUCUUCUCCGUCGGGUCCUCGGGGGCUAUGGUUUCCCGGUUCCGACCAGUUUUAAUAAUGUCCUUUUACGAACAAAAUGCGAUGGAUGGGUUCAUGGCUGGGAGAUAUCCUCUUGUCCUUGUUUUAUUUUAUUUAUUUAUUCUUCUCUACUUGGCAACGCCCACUCGCCUCAAUUGGCAAAACGUCAACCGCAGGUGAAGCGCAGAGCAAUUGCUUUAAUUUACCUGGAAACAUGGUCUCGAGAAUAGCAAUUUGAUUGGCCUCCGUAGCUCUAGUGUCUUAAUGGCAGAAAUUUAGCCGUGCCAUGGAUGCAAACUUUACA